AUGCAGACGACAGAGUCCGCUCUCGAGGAGCUCAUCACCACGUUCAACGAGCUCAACAGCCCUUCAGUCCUGGAGCUCGACGAGGAGCCGAGCCCCCUCGAGUUCAUGCGCUUCGUCGCCCGCAACUCGCCCUUUGUCGUCCGCCGAGGCGCCUCUUCCUGGAACGCCACCCAGAAGUGGGACGCCGCCUACUUGAAGGCUGCCCUGCGAGACCACUCCGUCAACGUGGCCGUCACUCCCGAGGGCAAUGCCGAUUCGCCGACAUUCUCUUCCAAGCACAACAAGACGGUGCUCGCAAAGCCUCAUGAAGAGUCUCAGCCCUUCGACCAGUUCCUCAAAUACGUCAUCCAGCAAGAAACAGACCCGGACUUCCCCCCCGAGUCGGAAAAAAGAUACGCGCAGACCCAAAACGACAAUCUCCGCGACGAGUAUUUGACCCUCUUCCCCGAUGCCCAAAAGGACAUUCCCUUUGCCCGCAUAGCCCUCCAAAAGUCGCCAGAUGCAAUCAACCUCUGGAUAGGCAACUCCUACUCCGUCACGGCAACCCACAAGGACAACUUUGAAAACAUCUUUGUCCAGAUUGUCGGCAGAAAGACGUUUGUCCUCUUGCCGCCCUUGUGCCAUCCCUGCAUGAACGAGGAGCUGCUGCCGCCGGCCACCUACGUCCGCACAAGCGAGGGCUUUUCCCUCUGUCUCGACGACGGCAGCGAGCCCGUUCCCUUUGCCACCUGGGACCCGGAUGACCCCGAGACAAACGCCACCCCUCUCUCGCCCUUGGCGAGGCCACUGCGUGUGACUCUAGAGCCUGGAGAUAUGCUCUACCUCCCAGCCAUGUGGUACCACAAGGUCACGCAAUCUUGUCCAGCAGGCGGCGAGGGGUUCGUUGUCGCCAUCAACUACUGGUAUGACAUGGAGUUUAGUGGGCCACUGUUCCCCCUUUCCACUUUCCUACGAACCCUUGGCAAAGGCAUCGGCGGUUGA